AUGUUCGGCUGGUUCAAGUCUUCCAACGAAUCCAAGCAGGAGCCCACUUGGGAUGCCGCUACCAUGACCAUGGAGCAGCCCUCCUCUGCCGAGGCUAUGACUUCCAACAACGUCGUCGUCCAGCAGCCCAACCCCGAAUCCAUGAAGAUGGAACUCCGCGGUGGCGGUGAAGGUGGUGACAUCUGCUGUGGAGUCUGCGCCGGUAUCGCCUGCUUCGAGUGCUGCGAGUGCUGCUGCUAA